UGUUCACGCAGAGUCCCUUCCUAGAGUCCGCUGUUCUGGUUCAGAAGGCCAAAUAGCGAUAUUUUUGCUCGGAAUGGCUUCUACAUUGCGUUUAAUCUACUGUGCUUCAAGACCAGGCACAUUUGCAGCAAGUAGGAGCUUAGUAAGGUCGUUCAGUGUGUCUGCACAAAGAGAGGGCUUCAAGUAUGUGAACGCCCAGGAGUUGCCCACAGACAUGAAGUCCAUCACAGACAGAGCAGCACAGACGCUGCUGUGGACAGAGCUCUUCAGAGGUCUGGGGAUGACCAUGAGCUACUUGUUCAGGGAACCAGCAACCAUCAACUAUCCGUUUGAAAAAGGGCCUCUAUCGCCAAGGUUCAGAGGGGAGCAUGCUCUGAGGAGGUAUCCCUCCGGAGAAGAACGCUGCAUCGCCUGCAAACUGUGUGAAGCCAUUUGUCCUGCUCAGGCCAUCACUAUAGAAGCAGAGACCCGAGCAGACGGCAGCAGGAGGACCACUCGUUACGACAUUGACAUGACCAAAUGUAUUUACUGUGGAUUCUGCCAAGAAGCCUGUCCUGUCGACGCCAUUGUAGAGGGUCCUAACUUUGAAUUCUCAACCGAAACACAUGAAGAGCUGCUGUACAACAAAGAGAAACUCCUCAACAACGGAGACAAGUGGGAGGCAGAGAUUGCCGCCAACAUCCAGGCUGAUUACCUGUACCGAUAAACCUGGCUUCACAGAUACCAUUGAGACCUCUCUGCAAAACGUCCACAAUAAACAGUCUAUGAGCGUAUGCAGCUGGACAAAGAGCUUUAGAUUCAGAUACAGCUGUGGUUCUUAAAGUCUUCAUGUCAAGUGGGUGAACUUGGUGCAAUGUUUAUCUGUGAAAAUCUGAGAAAAUUCGGUCCACAACAGGUAUAAAACCGGGUUAACCAGAACUAAAUCAGAUAGUAAACCAGGUAUAUUUUGUAAGGAGCCAGCUGAGGCUCCCUUAACCCUCAACAUUCAGUAUAAACUCCUGAAAUUUAUAACAAACCAUCCCCAUGAAAACCAGGAUUAAACUAGGACCUAUUCUCCUGACUGCCACCAGGGGCCCCACACCACUAUUGAGAACCACUGCAUGUACAUUUCCUCUGGUAUCUGGUAGUUUAAAGUGAUGAGUUUUACCAUGUUAAAUGAGAUAUUUAUUGUAUAAGGGUAAUUUGAGCACUGUCUCCUGCUCAGAUUGAACUUAAUGCUACAAUUAUAAAUAUGGUCCUUUACAGUAACACUGAGUUUUAUCUGUUUGUCCAUAAGAAUAUUUUCACCUCAAUAAAGUUUGGGAGGAGUGUAAAA